CUAAACAUCAUAGACAGGUUCAUCAACACUCUCUGGAAGAACUCACAUGUGAUGGUUGGUUAGCAGAUCCACCCUUUCGAUCACCACUCCAACAUCCUCUGAUUUCUCUCACAGCUUCCCCCCACCGUCGACGUUCUAAUGGUAAAAUGACCUCUCAAAGAGCAAUGGUGUUGCUUUCACUGGAUGCUGAAGCAGUCGGCUCACUCAAAGACGGAGUCAAUUUCAAGAAAAACCCAGAAGACGGAAAAUGUUACAUCAUACACAAGACCAGCCAUGGCCUUAAAGCAUGCAAGAACCAGUGCAAACACCAGGGAGGCUUGUUCAUCAAGGACAUUGAAGACCUGAAUGGCAGGACUGUUAAAUGCACAAAACACAACUGGAAGUUAAAUGUGUCAACGAUGAAAUAUGUGAAUCCACCUGACAGCUUCUUGCAGGACGAGCUGGAAGUAGAGAUUUUGGAUGAUGGGGGGCUUCAGCUGAUUGAGUUGAGCCCCAUCGACCCAUGGCUGGAUGACCCUCGAGAGCCUCUGGAGCUCCAGGAAGGAGAAGUCAAAGUGACGUACUUGACCCACGCCUGCAUGGAGCUGCAGCUGGGGCCGAGGCGCUUCAUGUUCGACCCGUGGUUGAAGGGUCCUGCAUUUGCCAGAGGCUGGUGGCUUCUCCAUGAGCCUCCAGCAGACUCCCUGGACAGACUGUGUGCAGCAGAUCUCAUCUACAUCAGCCAUAUGCACUCAGACCACCUCAGUUACCCCACACUGAAAGUCUUGUCAGAGAGGAGGCCAGAUGUCCCCAUUUAUGUGGGUGACACAUCAAGAGCUGUCUUUUGGUAUUUGGAGCAAAGUCAAGUCAAGCUGACCAACAUCAACAUUGUUCCUUUUGGAGUCUGGCAAAAUAUUGACGAGGACCUGAGAUUCAUGAUCCUGAUGGAUGGUGUGCAUCCAGAAAUGGACACCUGCAUCAUUGUUGAAUAUAAAGGUCACAUGAUCCUGAACACUGUGGACUGCACCAGGCCAAACGGGGGCCGGCUACCACAGAAUGUGGACUUAAUGAUGAGUGACUUCGCUGGGGGUGCAUCUGGAUUCCCCAUGACGUUCAGCGGGGGGAAAUACAGUGAUUCCUGGAAGGAAGACUUUAUCAAGAACGAAAGGAAGAAGCUGCUGAACUACAAAGCUCUGCUGGUGAAGUCCCAGCAGCCGGCGAUCUACUGCCCGUUCGCUGGCUAUUUUGUGGAGGCUCAUCCAUCAGACAGAUACAUUAGGGAUACAAAUAUUAAGAACAGUGCAGAGGACCUCAAUGCGCUCAUCAAUAAGCUCGGACCAAACAUCAAGACAUGGACGCCCAAACCAGGAAGUGUUCUGGACCUCGGCCUCGCUCUGAGAGACCCCACUAACAGUGACGCCAUCACCAAUCCUCCAGCUGGUGCAAAAAUCUACAAGGACAGUUGGGAUUUCGACUUGUAUGUGGAUGAACUUAACAGCGCCAUCAGCUGUGAGAUAUUUAAACAUCAAAGCUGGAUCCAGUUUUAUUACACCUGGGCAGGCUUUCAAAACUACAACCUUGUUGUGCGGGUGAUCGAGACAGAUGAUGAAUUUGAAACCCUAACUGAUGGCUAUGACUACUUGGUGGACUUUUUGGAUCUGUCGUUCCCCACCAAGAGACCUGACAGAGAGCACUCCUACAUAGAGGUUAAAAACAGGAUUGGGGUGAUGAGAUACGUGGUGCUGCACGGUCGUCUCUGGGAUGAUCUGUACAUCGGCUUCCAGAACCGCAUAAGCCGAGACCCGGAUAUUUACCACCACAAGUUCUGGAACCACUUCCAGACAGAGUUACCAGUUGACAGGCCAGACUGGGACCAGUUCCUGCAGCAGGAGACUUCCAUCCAGGAGCCUGACACACCACAAUAGGAGCCAAAGAAAUGGAGCUAUUGUGUAGUGUUAUGAUUAUGUAUAAUUGGCAGAUAAAAGAUCAAGUAAUUUUUUUUUUGUAUGUUAGAUUUAUAACUUCCAUGCCAGCCAAUACAUUACAUUACAACAUUAACAUGAGGUGUCCUUCUGGCUGCAGAAGUUACGUUACCAUGGUAAUCUUAGAACUUUGAUGAUUGCAUUAAUCAUUGUUAGUAUGUGUCUUUGCCAAUCAUAUUUUUAUGUUAGUAAAGUGAAGUUUUUGUUGUUGUGAAGCCCAGUUUGACAUUAAAUGUCCCAACAGGCUGUUCAGGCCGAAAACAUGAAGCCUUGCUGACACAGCAGAAGUUCAAUAAGAAGACGAAAUUCAUCUGUUUUACCGGGCAGUUACUGUAUUUUAUCUGUGUUAUGUUUGAUUUGUAACCCUGUAGGCUGUGUGUUGGUUAUGGAUUAUGUAUUAGGUAUGAUUAGGUAAUGGGUAUGUAUGGGCCACUAGUCCAUAUUUUAGAAGUACUGUAUUUGGAGUCUUGGCUUACUUUAUACAGUCAACCUAGUGCAAUGAUACAGUAUGAGGGUGUCAGAGUUCAGGGAAGUGUAUUAAUCAUGUCAUUUAUCAUUAAUAAUCAAUGGAUGCACUAUCAAAUAGAAAACAAAGAUUAAAGUGUUAGUGGUGUUCCUUGUUGUUGUUCCUUAUUAACACUGUCAGUGUGUGACCACAGAAAAUGUGACCUGUGACAAAUUGCAUUUAUUUUUUGUAUA